AUGAAAUAAAAUGCAAGUGCUUUGAAAGCACAAUCCACUUUAUCAGUUGCAGGAUAGAAUCAGCAACAAAAUUCUCAUUCACGAAAACCAUCAUCUUAGUAGACUGUAAUAUCACAGCAAAUACAAACGCAUUAAGACCACAGUAGUCAAACUAAAUUACCACCAAGAGAAAUUAUCAACUUUGACAUUGAAACCACUAUCAGAGAAAUAUCAUGCAAGGUAAUGUCUGAAUAUAUAGACAGAGCCAAACGCAACGAGGACAGAUUUAUAGAAAUGAAGGAUCAAAAUGUGAUGAUCAUAAAACGGUUCAAUGAGCUAGACUUCAUAAUGCAUAAGACUCUCUAAAGGUCUGGAAACAUUAGUGAUCUUUAGCAGGAUAUGCUUGAGUUGAAGUAGCUGUUUUCAGUAUAAGAAGCUAGAGUUUAGUAGAGCCAUUCAGAGAUGAGGACAGCUCUACAGGUUAAUAAUGAGAGGCUUACAAUUGCUGAGGAGCAGAUAUUUCAAUAUGAAAAGAGAUUCCAGAGAUUUUAGGAAUACACAGAGGAGGUUAUUAACAGAAACUCUAAACUUAAAAAUGACAUAGAGGAGAGACUUAAUGAUCAAAAGAGGACUUUGAUGAAUUAGCAAAAUCAAAUGGAAUUCAAGCUAAUGAGGCAACAAGAAUCUUUUUCAUAGAUCAAUGGAUCGUUGCAGUCGCAUUUAGAGGAACUCAAGAGGCACGAGGCAAUCAUUGAGAUAUUCAAGAGAAAUAUCAAGGAGCUUUAUGACAGUGAAAUGAGUUUGCUAGACAAAAAGCUAGAUGUUGAUUAAUUCGCUUAAAGCUUUGACAUAUUUAAAAAGGACCUUUAAUUCUUAAGAGUAUAAAUAGAUGAUAACACGAUGACUCUAAAGCAGACUGACAAUUAUGUUGAGAAAUAUCUGCCAAUAAAGGUCUAAAACUUUAUUACAGAAACUCUAACAAAUAUACUUCCAAAGAAAGCCCUGCAGAAGCUUAAUGAUUUUAUACAUCAUAAGUAUAGAUUACUAAGAGAUGUGGUUGAAAACGAUAAUGGUACACCUGAACUUAAUAAAAUUGAAUACUCUAUUCCGAUGAUAAGGAAAAUAGAGUUGAUGAUACAAAAAAAUGCUGGAGGAAUAAUGUCUCAUAAUUUCAUGCAUUAAAACAGCAAGGCAGAGUCUCAUUAUGAUAAUCAUAAAAGUGUUGAAAGCUUUUUUGACGACAGUGAGAAAAACAGCAAAAAGGGUUAUGGCCAUCAUUUUAGAAGAGAUGGGACAAUUGAAAUGAUCAAUGAGGAGGGAAGUAAAACAUCCUAAGUUAAUGGAGCGAAAAGCAUUUCAGGAUUAAGUGGUAUUCAUGAAUUCAACAAAGACAAUAGCAGUGAGAAUAAUACAAUGUAAGGCAUGGAAAACAUUGCAGUAAAAAAGAAAAGCUAUAUGAUAUACUAUCCAGAGUUGACUGAGGAUCAACACAUGGGAGUUAUAAAUAUCAGACUAGACCCCAAAACAAACUUUGUUCCUGUGAUGACUGGCAGUCGAGAGCAGAAUACUUAAGAGGAGUUUUAUGAAAGUGAUUUGUCGCCUGGAAGGGGAUUGGAAGGUAAUUUUAAAAGUCUUUAGAUGCCCUUACCAAAUGUGAUUCCUUCAAGUCCAUAGCAAUAAAUGAAGCUUACUUCUGAAAAUCUUAAGAAUCUUUCGUCAAUUAAGCAGACUUUGCAAGUUACCAAUAUACAUGCCUUUUAGUAAUUAAACAGAUCUAGUAGUGGCCCAAAAUCCUCAUGUUCAAGAAGACUAACUGAGCAAAAGAGACCUGGAACACUAUUAAUAAAGCAACCAUCACUAAUGCGCUCUGUAACUCGCAAGAUUUCACCCAAGAAAACUGUCAAAAUCAUGAAAAUCGAGAUUGAGGAGAAUGCUAACAAUGGGUCUUCUCUAAGCCCAUUGAAGCGAACUAAAGAUAAGAAUAAUUUAAGAAGCAAUUUAAUCCGCGUAGAUGACGGUGGAAAGACUAAAGAUAAAAAAUAAGUAAUGAUCAAAAGAGAGUCUAGUAAUUUGUAUUAGCAGAACCAGAGUAACAUAAAUGAAGAUGAUGAAGAUGCCUUUGACGAUGAUGAUUAUGAAAGAAAUAAGCUUAGUGUUAGCUCAUCCAGUACUGAUAGAAAACUGAUAAAGUUAACUCACCUGGAUAAGACUCUUAAGGAUAUGAUAAUAGAGUCAUUUGAAGCAGCCAAGUAGUUCAAAGAAAUUGGGGCCAAGGGACUUGAAAGACUGGAAUAAGCUGAAUCAAAGAUGAAAGAUGCAAUCGAUGACAAUGUUGAUGAGCUUUAGAAUUUGGUGUCUAAAGAAAUAGCUAAAAUUUAGAUAACCUCCUCCAAUAUUUAGAAGGAUGCUGAAGAUGAACUCAAGCGAAGAAUAAGAGAUAAAACUGACUUUGAUCUUAAAAUUAAAAUAAUGCAAGACCAACUUGACAAAGCCAAAUAGUCUUUCAAGCUAAUAAAGAAUUUCACUGAAUCAAUAGCCUAGCUCACGUAAAACCUUGCUGAGUCUAUUAAAAUUAUCUUGAAAUUGGGAGAGUAAGACGAGGAGGAUAGAAAAUCUAUCUCUCUAAUUGGCUAUAAAUCUUAGUCAGAUCAAGAAAAGCAUGCUCAUAACUAGCAGUAAUAGACAACCCAAGCUCAGUUAUCACCAAACCAGCAUCUUAAUCACUAGGACAAGGUAGCAGUUACUCUAGACAAAUAAUGCCUAAGUUGCUCUGGACAGGCCUCUAUAGUAAUAAAUGCAUUUAAAAUGGCAUGUCUAAGCUACUCCCCCUAGCCAGUAACUUAUAACAGCAUUACAUGCUCAAGAGAAAGUCUAUAUAGAAAUACACUACAACUAGUAAAUGAUGCCUCAGCUAGAUUCUUAGAAUGGAGAAGGCUGUAAAGUGAAAACAAAUUGUAAGCUGCAACAGUAGAAUUUGCAUCAAUUAAUGAUAUGCAAAAGAUGAAUUCUAAUAAUACACAAGCAACACUCACAACAUAUGAUGAAUUCCUAUCUGGCUAAGAUAGAACUAUGACUAAGAAUCCUAGUGAGAAGUUCUAAAGCAUCAACAUCAACAACUUUGACAUCAAAGCUAAUGUUGUUAAUCUAGAUUGCAUCGCAAAAAAGCAUACUAAUCUUAGAGCCAAAACUACCUCAAGAGCUGGAGCUAGAAACAUCCAAAUGUCUGCUUUUUCAAGCUACUAGAGAGAAGCACCUCAGAAUUAGAUCAAACCGACAGGAUUAGUUCCAACUGAUAGACCUUAAACAACAGCAUUUAUUUCAGAUCAUAGUCAAAUUAGAGCAAACACUUUUAGAGGUAUUCCAGCUUUAGGAACUAGCUUAUCAUUGAAGUCAAAUGCAACUAAUAGUACAAUAGGAAAUCCCUAUCUUACUGCUAGAGCCUCUACUCUAUUAUACAAUGAAGACAGCAAUGAAAAUUCAUAAUCAAACGUCAUGAACUAAGUUAUUUAGCAUAGAUUCUAGACAGGAGGUAGUAAAACUCCCAGGAAUUUCGCCUAUCCAAUGAUAAGUCAAAUGAAUAUACUGUAAAGAGCAGAUGAAAGUAAAGAUAAGUUGUAAUUAUAGGAAGUACUUAAUGCACAGAAGUACUCUAAGAAGCCUAUCCCUAUAAUAAAGAUUCCUUAGACUGCAAGACAACCUAAUAAUACCAAUCUGAUAAAGUGCGAGGAUGGUCAUGAUAGCAAAUAAGGUGAAUAGCAGCAAAUCAUUAAAUUUGUGCAACCACUUUAAGUUCAGGAAAAGAGCGAGAAAUCAGAGAAAAAAUCAAUUCUCAAAAAGCUAAAAUGA